ACCAUAGAGCUAGUGCCAAGGAUAGUCUCAGCGAAUCUACCCAGCAGCUGACCGACGAGCUGCACGCACCAGCUCCAGGCCUCCUUGCCCAAGGCUCGCUUCCUCAUCAGUCCAAGAACAGGGACCUGGUGAAGAUUCUCUCGCAGCCCAGCAACACACUCUACGAUGCCGACGAUCUCCUCUGCGAGCUGGAUGACCAAGUGCUGCGGCGAAAUAUAGAGGACGCGGACCGGAGCUGGGCAGGUCAACUCUUGUCUUCCUCUCUGAAUCUCGCAAAAAAAUUGUUCAAUCGUAGCAAAACAAGGGUAAAGGAGACCAAAGGGGAGGAACCGGCUGCCGCCGAGGACGACGACCAUGGAGACACUGCAAUGGAUCGUCUCAAUGGGGAUCAGCAUCAGCCAAGCGACCCUGAUAGAGGAAGAACUGUCAAGGCUCCGGGACAGCUUGCCCAAGGCUCACUUGCUCAUCAACCGUGGCGAGUGGGGCAGGUUCAAAAACGAGGGGCUGGCGAAGCUUCUCUUGCAGCUCAGGGACACCACCUACGACGCUGAGGAUCUUCUCCGCAAAUUUGAAGACCAGGAGCACUGGCAAAAGAGAGAGGAUGCUGACCGGAGCAGGACAGGUCAACUCUUGUCAUCCGCUGUGAAUCUUGCAAAACAAUUCAUCCUCCGCAGCAAAAAAGGGGUAAAGAUGACCCAAGAUAAGCUCGACAAGAUUGUAGCUGAUGUUGAGGGAAUGCUCAAUUCUAUGGGUAUUCAUGAUGACCCAGUGCAGCUCAUGCCGGAGACAACUUCAAUCAUCGGAGCUUCUGAAGUGUUUGGCCGUGACGAAGAAAGGGAUGAACUGAUCGAAAUGUUGGUUGGGCGUGAGAACAAGAUUGAUCAGGUGAUGAAACAAUUGGGUGUGCCAUUCACCAGGGGUGGUACAAGUAGAUCUGCAGGGUCUAAGGGAAAGGGAGCUGCAGCAGGCAAUAGCGUCGCAUCUGCAUCCAGAUCAGCCAAGCGACUAAAAGGAGACAGUAGCAGGGCUGGAGUUGCUGAAACCAACUGCACCGGCAACGUCUCUGUCUUGCCAAUUUAUGGCAUUGGCGGGGUGGGGAAGACUACCUUGGCUCAGCUUAUCUACAAUGAUCCAAGGGUGACACGCCACUUUGGUUUGACGAUAUGGGUCUGCGUUUCAGACCUGUUUGACAAGAGAAGGAUGACAAAGGAGAUCAUUGAAUCCAUCCCUGGAGAAGAGUUCAACCCAUCAUGCAGUUUAAAUGCUCUUCAGGUGGAACUGAUGAAGCGGCUAAAUGACCAAAAGUUUCUUUUGGUGUUGGAUGAUAUUUGGCCAAUUCCUGAUAGCGAAUGGGACGCAUUUUAUGCACCACUGAGGCAUGGAUUUGAAGGCAGCAUGAUCUUAGUGACUACAAGAUAUCCAGUGGUUGCAAAUCAUGUCACCACCAGCAACUGUAAGCCAGUCCAACUCGAAGGAUUGCCGACUGAUAUAUUUUGGGAGUUCUUCAGAAAGUGUGCAUUUGGUAAAAAUGACGCAGAGUCAUAUCCCCACUUGCAAGAUAUUGGUCAGAGCAUUUCUUCUAGGUUAUGCGGGUCUCCUUUCGCUGCAAAAACUCUCGGACGCUUGUUGAGUAUGGAGCUGACGGAGCGACAUUGGAGGACUGUCCAGAAUAGUGAAUUGUGGGAGCUACCGCAUCAAGAGACUGAGAUACUACCAGCCCUUCAACUGAGCUACUUGUAUCUCCCACAAGAACUUAAGAGAUGCUUUGCAUUUUGCUCCAUGUUUCCGAAAGAUUAUAGCUUCAGAAGAGAUGAGAUAGUUGACAUUUGGGUGGCGGAGGGCUUUGUUGCACCAAGUGGGAGAAUGCGUCUCGAAGACGUGGGGAACAUAUAUUUGGAUGAUUUGAGAAGCAGGUUUCUUUUCCAAGCUGAUCCGAAGUUCCCUCAAGCUGAUAGAUAUGUAAUGCAUGACUUGAUCCAUGAUAUGGCGCAGUCUGUUUCCGUGGAUGAAUGCUUCUUGAUGCAUGAUUUGAGCCAGCGGAGAAUGGUGCGUACAGUUCGCCAUAUGUCAGUCGAAGUGGAUGGUGAAUCCUUGAGCAGAAUGAUAGACAUUCAACAUUUGAAUAAGUUGCAUUCACUUAGGUUUGGAACCAGAUUCGACUUUGAGAUUACCUGGUUCAAUCAGCUUUCCAACAUCUUAUUUUUGAGCCUAAAAGGUAGCAUGCUGGUUAAGCUACCCGAAAGCAUAUGUGAGUUGAAUAGCCUCCGUUAUCUUGAAAUAUCUGGGAGCCGUGUAGAAGAACUACCAGAUAAACUCUGGCGCCUUCACAACCUACAAGUUCUUGAUGCACGUCGGUCGAGUCUGAAAACAAUUCAUCAGGACAUAACAAAGCUAAUCAACCUGCGUCAUCUAGCACUGCCAUCGCUAUCCUGUGAGGCGGCCUUAUCAAGGGUAAGUGGGCUAGGAAAUCUGUCUUGUCUGAGGAAGCUGAGUGAGUUCAGAGUUGGAAAAGAGAAUGGGCGGAGAAUUAGUGAGCUGAAGUUCAUGAAUGAGCUCAGUGGAAAGCUAUACAUCAGAAAUAUUUGUAAUGUUCGGAGCAAGGACGAGGCUGCUGAGGCUAGACUCGUUGACAAGCAAUACUUAAAGGACUUAAAGCUAAUCUGGCGAGACAAUUACACAGUCGGUUCGGGGAGUGGUGAUAAUGAAGUGGUCGAAGGCUUGCGUCCCCAUUCAAGAAUUGAAAGCCUUAGGGUCCAUGGCUUUAGGCAUGAUAGGUUUUCUCCAAGUUGGUUUAAGCCAGAGAACCUACCGAAUUUAAGAAAACUGGAGCUGUCAUCAUGUCCUUGCUUGAAAAGUGUGUCAAUCCCCAGCUUAGCUGACGGUACACAAGCUAGUUCAACAGGUUUUGAUAGGACGCAGGAAGCAAGCAGCAGUAUCAGUUGCAGAAAUAGCAUUGCAUCAUUUGCCCUUACACGCCUCACGACUUUAUGGUUUCAGUCCUGUGAGAAUCUGACAAAUCUUAACCAGUUCUUGUUCCCGGAGAACCUGCCAUCCGUCAAGUCGAUACAGCUUGUUUACUGUCACAAUCUAGUAUCAAUACCUGCCCAUAGUUUUGUAGGAUUUGCUUGCCUACAAGACCUGAAAAUCCAUGGUUGUGUCAAGUUGGUGUGCCCACGGGAAAUGCUUUUGCCCCCCUCACUCCGAAGACUCUCUGUUGUGGGUUGUGGUGAGCUCGAGAAGUCAUUUCCAGCCUGCCUUGAGAACCUCACCUCUCUCAUGCUCCUGCAAUUGGUUCAAUGUUGCAACAUCGAGUCCAUCCCGUUGGAUUCGAUCACCGGCACAAACAUGCUCAAAUGCCUGCUUCUCGAUGGCUGCCAGGAGUUGUCAUCCAUUGGAGGGUCAGACAGCCUCUCAUCCAUACAGCAUGUCGAGAUAGACAGGUGCCCUAAGCUUAAAGAACUAGAACAGCUCCGUUCAAAAAAAGAACUAGAACAGCCCUUACCCUUCAAAAAGGGGGGUCUGCGGUGCAAGAAACUACAUGACUUUUUUGAAGUCUUUGAAGAGGCAGUUACAUGUGUCAGUUGACGAAUCCAA